GAGCGCCAGUGCGCAUGCGCCGUCUGCACCGUUUACUGUAUAUUCACAGUGGGGGGAAUAGGGGCAGACGACAAAACCAAGCCCUUUUUUAACGGCGAAGUGGAAUUUAACAUGUAAAUAACAUCCAGGAGGCAAGGGGGAAUAUCAACAGGUAUGUUUUAAUUAAUACCUUUGUUGUCGUCUGUGUGCCACUCGCGGUUCACAUGCGGCUGGGAAUGGCAUCGAUUCAUAUAGCGGCUCUAGUUACAAACUGCUUCACCUAAUGGACGGUACGCUUCUGACUGAGACUCGCUCGACGGGAAAUAAUAUACACAGGCUACAUGACACGCGUGAGGUGUGAUGAGACAAAGGAACAAAGGAUGCCUUAGAAGAGAGGCAGAGAGCAAGGCUGGAAUCUGCUUCAAAGCACACCAAAUGGAUCUAUUUCUUCUCCUUGGAUCCAGAUCAUGAUAUUUGGCUUAAAGCUUUAAUCAUCUUUAUGAUCCCUCCUCCAUCUAUGGCGAACUAUAGCCAUGCAGGGGACCACAACAUCUUGCAGAAUGUCUCUCCCCUCGCCACAUUCCUCAAACUAACCUCCCUAGGCUUCAUCAUCGGCGUCGGUGUUGUGGGAAACCUCCUGAUCUCCAUCCUGCUGGUCAAAGACAAGAGCCUGCACCGUGCACCCUACUACUUCUUGUUGGACCUGUGCGCCUCUGACAUCCUGCGCUCAGCCAUCUGCUUCCCCUUUGUAUUCACCUCGGUGAAGAACGGCUCGGCGUGGACGUACGGCACCCUCACGUGCAAAGUGAUCGCCUUCCUGGGUGUGCUCUCCUGCUUCCACACAGCCUUCAUGCUGUUCUGUGUCAGCGUGACACGUUACUUAGCUAUCGCACACCACCGCUUCUAUACCAAACGGCUGACCCUGUGGACGUGCUUGGCUGUGGUGUGUAUGGUGUGGACACUAUCAGUGGCCAUGGCCUUUCCGCCUGUGCUGGACGUGGGCACAUACUCAUUCAUCCGUGAGGAGGACCAGUGCACGUUUCAGCACCGCUCAUUCCGCGCCAAUGACUCGCUGGGCUUCAUGCUGCUGCUCGCCCUGAUCCUCCUGGCCACCCAGCUUGUCUACCUCAAGCUCAUAUUUUUCGUUCAUGACCGGCGCAAGAUGAAACCGGUCCAGUUCGUGCCUGCCGUCAGCCAAAACUGGACCUUCCAUGGGCCAGGGGCCAGCGGGCAAGCAGCGGCUAACUGGCUGGCUGGUUUCGGCCGAGGCCCAACACCUCCAACCUUGCUGGGCAUUCGGCAGAACGGCAAUGCGGCAGGCCGGCGGCGCCUCCUGGUGUUGGAUGAGUUUAAGACUGAGAAGAGGAUAAGCAGAAUGUUCUACGUCAUGACUUUCUUCUUCCUUAGUCUGUGGGGGCCUUACCUAGUGGCUUGCUACUGGAGAGUGUUCGCCCGUGGCCCUGCCGUGCCAGGAGGAUAUCUCACAGCAGCUGUAUGGAUGAGCUUCGCUCAGGCUGCCGUCAAUCCCUUCAUUUGCAUCUUCUCCAACCGUGAGCUCAGACGUUGCUUCAGCACUACGCUCCUCUACUGCAGAAAGUCCAGGUUACCCAGGGAACCCUACUGUGUUAUAUGAAGGCAAAAUUUUUUGGGUCUUGGGUAAAUUUUUUGGCACCCCCUGGGUGGUCAGGGGUACAUCCUUGUUGUAUAGCUCUCCUUUCUUCAUCUUCUUCAGUAUAACCCCUGUACACAGCCCUGCCCUCACCCUGUAGGCCUGGUGUCAAACUGUCAAUCAAACACACCUCUCGAUGUGAAUCAGCGUCGGAUGCGAAGCUUGAAGGGAAUAAAAUAAUCAGGGAGUGGAGGAACCCCUCCUGUGUUUAUGUUCUAGUAAACAGCUGCUGCGGAAUGCCGUUUUAAAGCAGAUAAGCAAAAAUAAAAAAUUUAAAAAAAAGAAAGAAAAGAAAAAACAAAGAAUGAAAAAAUGAAAGAUGGAAUCAAAAUGUGAUUUUAAUAAUGGACUCAUGCCUUCGCUUUGGAUAAGUUGAAGACUCACGUUGUACAUGACAGAAUCACUGGAAUGGUUUUGCGUUUAAAAGUUGCACUAAGCUAAAAAAAAAAAAAAAAAAAAAAAAAGAUAAAGAUGCUUUUUUUUCCUGAUUUGCAUUGCAAGGAUGUCUCAUUUUUCCCCAAAAUGACAUAUGAAUGCUUUCUUUUGCAACAGACUACUCAUUUACUGUAAGUAAACAAAACAUGUGAGGUGGCAAACUCUAUUGGAAUACACCUUCACAGGAGGAUUAAAUUGGU